CUAAUACUACAUGAAGCAUCAGAGAGGCAUUAUCAAUGUUUUAUGGUCCUGAAAUCUCCAACUCCGAAAAAGAAAGUACUUGGUACAAAUAGAAUAGAAUAGAAAACUUCCAUUAUAAAACUUAAGCAAUCAUUGUAAAUUAUACUUAUUUGAUUGCAUAUGACUUGGGAUUGUCAAAUGAUGCUACUAUUAUUCGCCAAAAUUUAUUUUUGUGAACUAUUUCUACUUUCAAAGAAAAUUUAUCAUUUGUAACAAUUUGUUUUACAAAUAUGUUUUUACAUGAUACGAUUUGUUGCACAGCCAAUGAAUAUGAUAAGAAGAUCUUGGUCACUUGGUGGCCAACAUUCAAUAGAUGACACUGCAAUUUGUUCAUAAGCAUGUUGGAAUGUGGACUAUUCUCAUAUUAUAACUGGUUUAAAAUAUGAUAAGUGAAGGAUAGACCUGAUUAUUCUUGUUAUUGUCUGUGAUUUCCAGUGUCGAACUCGUCAAAGCUUAGCAAAGACACAUUUUUGAGACGUUAACGAGUGUUGAUGGAUAACGAGACUGAAUGUAUUUAUUGAGCGUUUUCACAACUACGCACGAUUUAAAAAAUAAUAAUGUAAGAGCAACAUAGGUCUCUCCCAAAAUUUUCAUUAAUUUUCUUUCAUAAAUAUGCGUGUUAAUUCGAAAUUGAUCGACUCGUUAUGGGUUUCACUAUUCUUUGCGAGAUGUCAUAUCUUAAUCAUUACAGGCUACCAUGUGGUUUGUGAGAAAAAUUAGUGAAGAAGUGUUUGUUGCCUAUAUUUACUCAUACAAAAAUGUUACUUACACAUCUUCAUCUACUUUCUCUCACAAUCUGUCGUGUCAAUUUACUAUUUAUCAACUGCAAUUUUGUAAAGUAAAUUAUUGUAUUGACAAAUAGAAAAGUGUGAGAGAAAAUUGUGAAACGUGUUGUUGGUACAAGAUUGCCCUUACUCGUAACUUAAGAACAAAAGAAUUGUAGCCCAAAUUUAAAGCCGUUAAGAUCUGCAUAAUAAUUGAUUCCAUUCAGCUCAUACUAGAACUGAUCAACUUUACUGGAUUCCUGGAUUAUAUUUCUGAGUUUCUGAUUUCAAUCAAAAGAAGAGAACCAGAUGACUUUUCUUAUUGGCUAUGGAUUAACUUGGAUUAGGAUCUGAUAGCAGUAAAGCGGCAAGUAAAAAUGCACCAAGAUACCUUGAAGAAAAGAAUGUUAUGUGCCAAAUUGAGGAGGUUCUGUUCUUGGGUUCUUUUCUAGAUGCAAAUAACAAGGAUGCACUGAAAAGCUCUAAUGUUACACACAUAUUAACUGUGGCUGAUUUAGGGGAACCACCAUUUCCAGAUGAGUUUGUAUAUAAAACUAUAGAAGUGAUGGACCGAGACGACACAAACUUGAUGCUGUACUUUGAUGAGUGUUUCAAUUUUAUUGAUGAAGCAAAAAGACUGGGUGGUGGUGUGCUGGUUCAUUGCCUUAUGGGAAUAUCCAGAAGUGUGACUAUUGUGGUUGCUUAUCUGAUGAAAAAGCAUGGUAUGAGGCUAUCUCAAGCUCUAGAACAUGUGAAGAGCAAACGACAACAGGCAGAUCCAAAUUAUGGUUUUAUGUCACAACUGCAGCAGUUUGAACAAAACCUUCAAGGUGCAUCAAAUUGAUUGUUACAAGUUAAUAUUUACUCAAGUUUUUGCUUCUCAGCUGCAAUAUUAUCCGCAUAUUGAGUUGAAGAGGCCAAAUUCUUACGUUUAAAUGUAGAGUUAAAUAUUGUUCUGCUUGAUGAAAAUGUCGAUAACUUGCUGCAGUAAUAGUAGUUCCAGCACAAUGUCUCUUAUUUUA